UUUGCUGCUAUUCUAUUGAUUUUGUCUUCUUGUCCUCAUCAGCUGAGGCUCAAAUUAAGAGUGGACCGGGCAGUUCAAUCGAAGGUCUGUUUUUCAGACCGCGACUGUGCAGUGUCAAAGGAUAGCCACUUGGAGUGUACUUCUUAUGAAGACAGUAAAUUCAAGAUCAAGAAACUGCUGACUGAUUGUGGAGUGCAGGCUGUUCCCAUGAUACAGACCAACAGUUGCCAGACAAUGAGGAUGGUUCCAAAGGACACCUUCACACAGUAUGAACCAAGAGAGUUCAGCACUGAGGAAAAAGAAACGAUUCUUAAAGAACAGAGCCUGAUGAAUUUUUGUAAAGCACAGAUUCCCAGGAUGUUGUUUGCCCUGCAGCAGGAAGAGAUCAUAAACGUGUUUCUGGAUGACUGGAAGGCUCUGGCGACGGGGCUUGAAGCUUGUGACUGGUCAGGGCAGGUGUCCGAUACUCUGGUGCUCCAUCAGGUCUUCACAGAUCAGAAGUUCUCUAAAAACAAAACAAUUAGUUGCCUCAACUGGCACCCUACAAUACAUGGUGUAAUUGCUGUGGCCAUGACAAAAAGACACGAGGAGCUUGCAGAGACAGUCUCCGGUCCUCCUCUCAUUGUCUUCUACAGCUUCUCCAACCCCUCCAGUCCCCAGUUUCUCCUUGAAUGCCCAGACGACAUUCUUGCAUUCCAGUUCUCCCCCUCCAAUCCAAAUAUUAUUGUUGGGGGCUGUUUAAAUGGCCAGGUUUUGUUGUGGGACAUCUCUGCUCAUGUCACCUUCAUACAGGCAACACAACCCGGCAGUAGAAGGGAAUCAAUAAAUUCGGACAAGUUUGACCUCAACGACAGCAAAGAGAAUAUUCCUAUUGUGCGAUUCUGUGCGGUGUCAGCCUUAGAGAGCAGCCACAAAGCCCCGGUUACUGACGUGCAGUGGCUGCCGCCAACAUUCGAGGUUACUAUGAUGGGCUUACCAGUGGAGAACAAGCAGAAAGUCUCGAUUCAGAUUAUCACCUGCUCCCCUGACUGCACUCUUCGUUUUUGGGACGUGAGACUUCCAGCUGAGUUUUCGAACACACCUACAGAGAGCACGCCGACUGUCGACCAUAAGACCCCGAUGACGACCUGUAGCGUUCCUGAAACUUUCAAACAUCUGGACAGGACUUGGAAACCAAUGUUCAGAGUUUCACUGUCAAAGAUUGAUACCAAAGGAGAAUAUGUUCCUAUGAAGUUCAGCAUUGAAAAUUUCAUCACUCCUACAGAAAGAGACAAAGAAACAAAGGGGACAGAGGUCCUUCUUGACUACAGCCAACUCAAGAUACCUGCAUCUGAAAAACUGAAGGAGAUGGACAACAUCAAUACCAAGUUUUUUGUUGGGACAGAGAAUGGAGAGAUCAUUUACUCUGACUGGAAACUGGAAAGCGACGACUCUGGGCGCCCGCACAGUUCCAAACCCUUCGCGUGUUUCAGCAGCCAUCAUUGGCUGGUGAACACAGUGCAGCGAUCUCCAUUCUUCAAAGACAUUCUUUUGUCAACAGGAGGCUGGAACUUUGCCAUUUGGAAAGAGGGAGUCAUGGACGGCCCACUGGUUGCAUCGCAAUACUUUGAGCAGGAGUGCACUGUGGGAUGCUGGUCGCUGUCCCGACCGGCUGUUUUCUUCAUUGGAAAAACAGAUGGCAGUGUUGAGAUAUGGGACCUGCUAAAAAACAGCAGUGAACCACUACAGCUCCACCCUCAUAUCAGCAAAAGCAAGAUUACCUGCAUGAAAGCCUGCAGUUUCACGGCCAAGCAGCACUUCCUGGCUGUUGCAGAUGAUCUUGGGGUUGUUCGUAUUUUUGAAAUACCAAAGACCCUCUUUCUUCCUUCUAGGCAUGAGAGUUUAAGCAUGAAGAAAUACUUUGAUCUUGAAGCAGAGAGUUUGAAGGACUACUUAAAGAGGGAAGAAUUCUGGACUAAACAGAAAAAGGAGGAGGAGGAACACAGGACGAAACUGAAAAAGGAACCUGAAAAACCAGAAACGCCCCCAAAGGAAAUUCACCGUCUGGACUUAACGGAGUACAGCGAUGACCUGAUACUAGAGGAAGAACUCUUACAGGACAUGGGCUUGUGGCCCAUUGCUGUAGAGUCGGAGAGGUAGAAUACCUAAAAUCACCCACAUUCAUGAAUACUUACACAAAUAUUUUUAUAUACGAAGCAGAGGCUUGUUGGUUUAUUGUCUGAUUUUUGUCCAGUUUUGAUAUUGUUUGUAUAGAGAUUUUGUCUCUUACUCUUAAAUGUCAAAGUUUGCAUUUUUAUUGUUGUUUUCGAAAUAGUUUUUGUAAAUAACCAUAACUUUUUUUUAUGACAUCUAUGUUUUAUUCAGAUGUAAAACUGUUUCCUCUGGUUAGCUUUAUGUCUCAUAUUUAUUACAAAUUGUGAUGCCUUUAUGUCAUAUGAGCUUUAAAAAACCUCUGUUUAUUGGUUUAGAAGCUAACUUCAAGAACUAUUUUUAAUUGGAGAUUCCUUUACAAUGUUAAGGUUUUUUCUAAUUAAACAUUAAAGUGUAGUUUUUCUGUUCUUUAAUAAAUUUAAUUUUUAAUAUAAAUUUUCUAAGCCAUUUCUUCACCUCCAGAAUACUCUGAAAGUUGAAAACAUCCUGUUCCAGAGUGACGCAGAAAUGUUAUUCCAUGCAUUUGUUACUUCCAGGCCAGUCUCCACUAAUUCUUUGUUAAGAGGAAACACAGAUUAUUCAGUAAAAACCCUCCAGCUUAUCCAAAAUGCUACUGCAUGAUUUCUAAAAUUAAGAGGUGAAAUCUUUCCAGUUUGAUCUUCUCUUGAUAGACUCCCUGUUAAACUCAGAAUAUAACUCACUUUAUAAAAUGUAUUUGUCUGCAUUUCAUUGUUACCAGGAUUUAAUUGGAAUGUAACUCAAUUUAAAUAUGUCUAUGUGACUGGACCGUGUAGAAUUGAUCAGAUUUUAUAUUUUUGUGUGAUUUGGUACUUGUAAAGUGAUUUGAAAUAUUAAUAU